UUUGUGAUGCUAAAUGAGUUGGUACAUUGACUUAGUCUAUAGUGAAAUAAUACUAGUAUAGAGGUUGGGCAGUCGAGAGAACACCUCAACACUAGAGUUUGGAGGAAGAUAAACAAAUUUAGAGAGAGGUCGAAGAUGAAGGUGCAGCGUCUGAUCUUGGUGGCUACUUUCUUCUACCUUGCGUAUACGCAGCUGGUCAAUGGGCAACCUCGUAAAGAUUGCAAAACUAGUUGUGGCAACGUCACAAUUGAGUACCCUUUUGGCACUUCUCCAGGUUGUUACUAUGCUGACGACCCUAGUUUCCAUCUCACCUGUAACGAGAAAGAGAAGCUAUUAUUUGAAGGUGACAUGGAAGUCAUCAACAUUUCUCACAGCGGGGAGCUACGCGUCUGGAAUAAUGUUUCCUACGCUUGCUACAAUAGCACAGGAGACUUGAGUCAUGAGGAUUACUACCCAUACUCGCUGGGUAACUUAUCUCUCUCUCGCAGCAACAAGUUCACUUUAGUAGGCUGUAACGCUUUAGCAGUUCUGAACACUCUUGGAAAGCGAAAUCACUCAACUGGAUGCAUGUCAGCAUGUGACUCCCUACCGGUGGAAUAUGAGGACUGUAAUGGUGAAGGUUGCUGCAGGACAGACGUCUCUGUCCCGUUGGGUAGCUAUUUAUACCACACUCUCCAGUCUCGUGUUCCUGACAUGACUUCUGUGUUUGACUUUAAUCCUUGCGUAUACGCCUUCGUCGCCGAGAUUGGUACUUUUCAUUUCAAUGCUUUGGAAGAUCUCUGGAACCUACGGAAUGUCAGCCAGUUCCCUGUGUUACUGGAUUGGUCUAUUGGAAACCAAACAUGCGAGGAAGUUGGAAAUACAAGCAUAUGCGGUCUGAACACCAUAUGUUUCAAUUCUUCUCUUGGAACCGGGUAUAACUGCAAAUGUUUAGAAGGCUUUGAGGGGAAUCCUUAUCUUUCAAAUGAACACGGUUGCCAAGACAUCGACGAGUGUACUACCCAUAAACAUAACUGUUCGGAUCCCAGCACCUGUAGAAACAAGGAUGGAGCUGGAUUCUAUUGUAAGUGCCAAUCUGGUUACCGCUUAGAUGCCACCACUAUGAUUUGCAAGCGUAAAGACUUUGAAUGGGCUACUAUUCUUCUUGGAACAACCAUCGGCUUUUUGUCCAUCCUGCUUCUCAUUUGCUGUGUACAACAGAGAAUGAAGCGCCGGAAGACAACUGCGCUCCGACAAAAGUUCUUCGAACAAAAUGGUGGCGGUAUGUUAAUACAGAGACUCUCAGGACCAGGGAGAUCAAAUGCUAAUAUUCAAAUCUUUACUGAAGAAAGCAUGAAGACAUCAACCAAUGGUUACGACGAGAGCAGAAUCCUGGGGCAGGGAGGACAAGGAACUGUCUACAAAGGGAUAUUACCUGACAACUCCAUAGUCGCAAUAAAGAAAGCUCGGCUUGGAGACAACAGCCAAGUAGAGCAGUUUAUCAACGAAGUGCUUGUGCUUUCACAAAUCAACCAUAGGAACGUUGUCAAGCUCUUGGGCUGCUGUCUGGAGACAGAAGUUCCCUUGCUGGUCUAUGAGUUCAUUAACAGUGGCACCCUUUUCGAUCACUUGCACGGUUCCUUGUUUGGUCCUUCUCUUACAUGGGAACAACGCCUGAGGAUAGCCGUGGAGAUAGCUGGAACUCUUGCUUAUCUGCACUCUUCUGCUUCUAUUCCAAUCAUCCACCGAGACGUCAAGACUGCUAAUAUUCUCCUGGAUGAGAACUUGACUGCAAAGGUUGCCGACUUUGGUGCUUCAAGGUUGAUACCGAUGGAUAAAGAGCAGCUCACAACCAUGGUCCAAGGCACUCUUGGCUACUUAGACCCAGAAUACUACAACACAGGGCUCCUUAAUGAAAAGAGUGAUGUCUAUAGUUUUGGGGUAGUUCUCAUGGAACUUCUAUCAAGCCAAAAGGCAUUGUGCUUCGAAAGGCCGCUGCAGUCAAAACAUCUGGUGAAUUACAUUGCUUCUGCCAUGAAAGAGAAUAGGUUGCACGAAGUUAUUGACGAGAAAGUAAUCAACGAGAAUAACUGGAAGGAGAUCGAGGAAGCUGUUAGAGUUGCUAUGGAGUGUACAAGAGUGACGGGAGAGGAAAGGCCACUGAUGACGGAAGUAGCUGCAAAGCUUGAGGGAUUGAGAGUCACGAAAACCAAACAUCAGUGGUCAGAUCAGUAUCCUGUGGAGGUGACUGAGAACUUGGUCGGUGUUGGAAUCUUAUCAGCGCAAGGUGAUACAAGUAGCACUGGCUAUGACAGCAUCAAGAAUGUAGCAAGCAUGCACAUGGAAGCUGGUCGCUGAGAUAUAUUAGUCAAGGCUCUGUCAAAAUCACGUCUAAGUCUCUUUUUUAUGAAAAAAUAAUAUCAUUUCUGUAUUUCAUCUCACCUCUUUUGUCCACCUAAACAGUUAAAAACCAGAGUAUCAAGACAAUGAAGAACAUUUAUGCAUUA